AUGCAGAAAACUUCCGUCUUUGGCGAGCGAUUCCACACAUAAAGAAAAAUAUUCAAAAGAGUUACCGAGCUAAUCAGCAGUCAAAUAAACACAUAUACGAGCUUCACACAGCAAUCGUCUGGGCCCCCCUCAUCGCGAGCCCCCAGGAGUGGACGACGCUCCCACCAUCCCUUCCCGCACCCUGACAAAGAUGACAAUGGAAGAGAUGAAGAAUGAAGCAGACACGACCUCAAUGGUAUCCAUGACACUCUACGCCGUGAUGUACCCUGUCUUCAAUGAGCUGGAGAGAGUAAAUCUGUCUGCGGCACAGACUCUGAGAGCAGCUUUCAUAAAGGCAGAGAAGGAGAACCCAGGACUGACUCAGGAUAUUAUCAUGAAAAUUCUGGAGAAGAAGAAUGUGGAGAUCAACUUCACUGAGUCUUUAUUACGCAUGGCUGCCGACGAUGUUGAGGAGUACAUGAUUGACAGGCCUGAGCGGGAGUUCCAGGACCUGAAUGAAAGAGCUCGUGCUCUGAAACAGAUCCUCAGCAAAAUCCCUGACGAAAUCAACGACCGAGUCCGUUUCCUGCAGACAAUCAAAGAUAUAGCCAGUGCCAUAAAAGAACUACUGGACACGGUGAACAACGUCUUUAAGAAAUACCAGUACCAGAACAGAAGAGCACUUGAGCAUCAGAAGAAAGAGUUUGUGAAACACUCAAAAAGCUUCAGCGACACUCUCAAAACAUACUUCAAAGACGGAAAGGCAAUAAACGUGUUUGCCAGUGCCAACCGGCUCAUCCACCAAACCAACUUGAUACUGCAGACCUUCAAAACUGUUGCGUAGGAGUCAUAGAAGCUGGAUGGCUUCUAUUAUGAUUUCUAACCCCAUCUAAAUCUAAUCUUCUUCAUGAGCUGGAGCGACCAUCUAGCGUUUCUCAUAUCCUGCGCUUUACAGGCACUCUAUCUCACUUGCUUUCUCCAUCUGUGUCGCUUCUGAUAUAUUUUCAUUCUGUCCGGUCUGUCCAAGAGAAAGCCAAAUGCUUGGGGGACCUUAAUGGGACGGGGCACGGGGCGUCCAGACGUGCUUGUAAAUGCUGGGGUUUAGCUGUCUCCUCUGAUGCUUCAAACUUGAAUGAGAGAUGUAUAUUUAAUAGAGAUUUGGUAACCGAAUUGUUCAAAUAAACACAGCACAUGUCAAA